GACAGGUGGAGCUGCAGGUGGGUUCAGGUGCCAGCCUGGCGCGGACCUGGCUGUGAGACUGACGCUUCCGUUACCCCUUCCCCUGCCCAGCUGGGUAGCCAUCCCGCCGCCCAUCUCGACUCCAGGGACCAUGUUUGCAGACUUGGAUUAUGAAAUCGAGGAGGAUAAACUCGGCAUCCCCACUGUUCCUGGGAAGGUGACCCUGCAGAAGGAUGCUCAGAACCUGAUCGGGAUAAGCAUUGGAGGCGGCGCCCAAUACUGUCCCUGCCUCUACAUUGUGCAGGUAUUCGACAACACCCCAGCUGCCCUGGAUGGCACCAUGGCGGCAGGGGACGAGAUCACGGGCGUCAAUGGCAAAUCCAUCAAGGGGAAGACCAAGGUGGAGGUGGCCAAGAUGAUCCAGGAGGUGAAGGGGGAGGUCACCAUUCACUACAACAAGCUGCAGGCAGACCCCAAGCAGGGCAUGUCCCUGGACAUUGUGUUGAAGAAGGUAAAGCAUCGGCUGGUGGAGAAUAUGAGCUCGGGGACGGCUGAUGCCCUGGGCCUGAGCCGGGCCAUCCUGUGCAACGAUGGGCUGGUCAAGAGACUGGAGGAGCUGGAGCGCACAGCUGAGCUGUACAAAGGGAUGACGGAGCAUACCAAGAGUCUCCUCCGGGCCUUCUACGAGCUGUCGCAGACUCACCGGGCCUUUGGGGACGUGUUCUCUGUGAUCGGGGUGCGGGAGCCCCAGCCAGCCGCCAGUGAGGCUUUCGUGAAGUUUGCUGAUGCGCACCGCAGCAUUGAGAAGUUCGGGAUCCGGCUGCUGAAGACCAUCAAGCCGAUGCUGACUGACCUGAACACCUACCUCCACAAGGCCAUCCCGGACACGCGCCUCACCAUCAAGAAGUACCUGGAUGUGAAGUUCGAGUAUCUGUCAUACUGCCUGAAGGUGAAGGAGAUGGAUGAUGAGGAGUACAGCUGCAUUGCCCUGGGGGAGCCCCCGUACCGCGUAAGCACUGGCAACUACGAGUACCGCCUGAUCCUGCGCUGCCGCCAGGAGGCCCGCUCCCGCUUCUCGCAGAUGCGCAAGGAUGUGCUGGAGAAGAUGGAGCUGUUGGACCAGAAGCACGUCCAGGACAUCGUGUUCCAGCUGCAGCGCUUCGUGUCCACCAUGUCCAAGUACUACAACGACUGCUACGCGGUGCUGCGCGACGCCGACGUCUUCCCCAUCGAGGUGGACCUGGCCCACACCACGCUGGCCUAUGGGCCCGGCCACGAGGAGUACACUGACGGUGAGGAUGAGGAAGAGGAGGACACGGCCUCCAGGGAGCCCGCCAAGAGUGUGCGUGGGGCUCCCAGGCCUCUGGACAAGACUGGGAGCUGGUGUGAUUCCUGAGUGCCCCCGUGGGGUACGCAUCUGGGGGGGGUAGGGUGAGUGGGGGACCACCGCCUGGGAGCGGGGCCAUGGAGCGCAUAAAGGCCUACUGGCUUGGGGCGCCUGCCUUCCGCUCCUCUGUCCUAGCACUCGAACCCGGGCUUCUGCUGGGACCAGACGCUGGAGCCGCAGCCUGGGGCCCGGACAUGGGCACUGUAACCCCAACCCCCGCUACCUAGUGCCCCUUUACCAGCCGAGCAUCCAUUGGUGAGCCCUUCCUAGACAGAGACAGGGCAGAGUGAGGGAUGCAGGUGGUGAUAGGAAGCCAGGGCCUUUUAUUUCUUGGGGUCCCCUAGCCUACACCUGCAGGAAGUUGGGGGGCCACCUCAUGCCCAGCCCAGCCUUCUGGCACCUUGGCGGCCUUUAUUUAUUUAUUGGCCCCGCCCAGGUCGGCGGGGGCCGUGUGAAUAAACUGAUCAGUCUGCGUC